UUCCAGGUUGUCAAGUUUGUGUAAGGUUCCGAAGAAAAAGUUCUUUUCUACCCUGCCUAGAGUAGAUCCACAAUACCAGAUAGAAACCGACGAAAAGGCAUCGUCAGUAAAUCGGUCACUCCUUUGUUGCAGCCGUUCAUGAGACUCAUUCAAUGAUCGAGUUGGUGGUGGUAUUGACGCGUGAUCACAUGACCCGUGUACCGGGCUAGAAGAACGCAGCAUAGAACCCUUGGAUGGAACUGAUGGAGCAAAAUGGCUGACGAAGAACCGUGGAUUUUGAGUGAAGAUGGUUUUCUAAAUGCUGCUGCAGACUCUAAAAGUGUUAUUUGCCAUCCCAACCUGAACGUUAUUCUUCUUGUAACCAAAUCCAAUGAACUAAUUGUCAUAGACGUUAACUCUGGGUCAAUUCUACAGAGGAGUUCUCUAUCAGCAAAUUGGCAAGGAGAUGUGCAAGGAGCUUACCUACCAGGGACAGACAAACUUCUGCUUACUGAUGGGUCUGCAGUCGGCGUCAGAAGUGAUUACAAUGGAGUACUGCUAUUGGACACUAUCCUUCAAACCCCUGUUCAAAAGUCUGAUGAUGUGGUCAGGCUGGAGCUUCUGCACACUGAGGCCGUCCUGCUCCAGCGAUGCCUCAAGCAGGUUGAGCUACGGGGAGUGUACCAAGCCAAUGAAGUCCUGCAGGAACUUUCUAGCCGCACUAAGGAAGCACAAGCAAAUCCAAGAAAGACUAUUAAAUCUCAAAAGUGGAACACAGUUUGCCUUGAGCUCCCUCACAGUGCUCUAAAAGCUGUGUGUUCUGGCCUUGUUGGUGAAUUGAAGCGCCAAACCCAACACCUCCCAGUGCUUCCAUUAGCUUCUGCACUGAAUGAAAGACUAAACUCUCUUUUACCAAGCUUAGCAUUAGACAAUGUAGGAACCCCUGCAGAAAGAAAUUUGAUGCAUAGUGAAGCUGCCCGACGUGAAACAUUCUCCAAGUGGCCUCAUAUGAAUUAUAAAUGGGCCUUGCCGGAUCAGAUGGCUCAGGCUGGAUUCUUCCAUCAACCUAAUUCAGCUGGGGACGAUAGAGCCAUGUGUUUUACCUGUAUUGUCUGUCUCGUGUGUUGGGAACCAACAGACGAACCAUGGUCUGAGCAUGAGAGACAUUCGCCAUCUUGUCCUUUCGUUAGGGGAGAAUAUACACAGAAUGUCCCACUUUCAGUAACAUACGCUACAGCUCCUGCAGCCCCCUUGUCAAACACAAAUUUUUCUGACCAGACCACAGACUCUGAACCGGAGCAGCUAGUUCUUGGCAAUUCUAAUGUGCCGGAAUUAGCUGUUUCAUUUACAUCUAGUGGCCUUGUCAAUGUUUGGAAUGUGAAGCGCCAGCUGAAGAGUGAUGUAGAGAUUUUAGUGACGGGAACAGAGGGAAAACUACUGCGAGCACACCUUGAGGAACAAGAAUUCCUUGUACAUAAUCGGAAACCAAGACCUAAUAAAACUCAAAGAACAGAAGAAAACACAGAUGUGCAAGUAGAUGAUUCAAAAGCUGAGAGGGACCAAACUGACUGUGAUCUGUAUGCUGAUGUGCCAAAACCCCCUCGUGAAGCUUGGUUGCGGGCUGACACCAAUAGUGAGCCUGCUAAUUCUACAGGGAACAUCUUAGAUUCACCUUCAGAGGGAUUUUUGCCAAAAGACAAGAUAGUUGAUGUAAGUGCUGCUUGUGCAGCAACUACCUGCACUUCAAAGAAAAGCGGUUCUGCUGUGCAGCCUGUUGCUGUGGUUGGGGUUGACUUCGUGUCAUUCUUUAAUUGCCCUCGGAAAGAUCCCCCAACAUGGGGAGGAUCUAUUGAUGUCCGAUUAAUGAAUGAUGCCAAUCAAGCAAGUAACUGUGAGAGUGGUUCAUUAGACAUCAUGAAAGUAAGCCAAGAUCCAAGCCUGGCCUGCUCGUCAUCUCAUGAUGAGUACUCCAGGGGAAGGUCGGCAUUUCUUGUGCUGUACGAUCUCUACCCAUCUGAAACCUUUGUCGAUUGUGAAGAUGAUGAUGGUGAAAACAGUGGUGAGAGUUAUGGAAGUCCAACUCACAGUAUGAGUGGUGCCAGUGGUGCUGCAGGUGCUGAAACUGGCACUAGUGGUUUUGCUGGUCCCGGAAAUGGGAGUGGCAGCAACGGGGGCGGUGAAAAGAAACAAGAAAAAAAUUUAACUACUCAUGCUGGAGGGAAUGUGAAGAAGUAUGUGUCAGGAACAGGAACAAGUGCCUCUUCAUCUUCAGGAACUCGACAAGAAAGUAGCAUGUAUCAGGACCUGUUUCUUCCAAAGUUUCUCUAUGGUCCUCCCAUUGUUCAAGAUGGUGAGGGGAGUGUCAUAAUCUCAACUGGCGAAGCCGAUCCUUUGGAAAAUCUAGACUUUUCGCCGCCUAGUAGUGUAUUUACGAGUCCAGAUUAUGCCCUGAAUAUGCUGCAAGUGACUUUAGGAAAUUCGCACCCAGGCACAACUAUCAACCACAUGAAAAAAAUUAUUACCAAAAAGUGUAUCCCUGCACCACCUCCAAUAAUUGCUCAGGAACCUCCCAAAAGUAAACCAUUUGAGCCAGUUGUUGGACAGGUUGUUCGAAUGCCUGAAGGGUACAGGAUUCACUCAAUACACCCGACUAAAGACGGAGGUCACCUAUUGGUUGUUCUUGUGUACAAAUUCGUUGGCGAUAGCACUGCUUGUGAUGAUACCACCGCCAUGGAUGUAGAUGAAGAAGAGGAUUGUUAUGGAAUGGAAUCAACUGCACCUUGCAGACUGUUACUUUUCCCUCUGUAUCUAGAGGAUGAUGUCAUCCGCAUAUGCGAAGUUCCAAAAGUGUACACCAAAUUCUCAAAUCCAGGUGAAAUUCCGGUAGAAGUAAGUCUCUUACCUCUUCAAGAACGGGAUGAGAGAAGUGAUCCUGAUGAGAAUGAGUCUGUUGGGAUUCUGGCUAAACAAUCACAUGGCCUUGCGACUUUAAUCUGUGCUAAUGGAACUCUGAGAGUCAUAGAACUUAACACUCUUUCAAUUGUUGCUGAGGCAGCCCCUCAAGCUGGUUCUAAAUUUAUUUCUGCUACUUUUUGCAACAAUUUGGAACGGAUUUGUGCUUGCACUGAAACAGGAAGCCUCCACUUCUUCCCUCUGCAGUGGAACAAGGAGGGAUCCCAAAAUCCUUCCCCUGUAUAUUCUCAGCCAAGUACUAGCCAAAGUGCACCUCUAGACUUCACUGCAACUUACAGUGAGUUAUUGCUUAACGGCCCACUUGGAAUAGCUGACCUGCGUCAACUUCUUGAGUUGACUUUAAGUGAAAAUUUGACCCCAUGUUACGCUGCUACUGUUCCACCAUGUUGGUCAGAAAUCAUGCAAGCUCAGAAGCAGAGAAAGCAUCCACAACAUUUGCAACAGGGUGAUGAUGCUCAACACACAAGGACCUGGAGGUUACAGCGUGAUGUAACCACAUGGGAUGAACAUGUUUUUGAAAUAACAUUGCCGAAAAGUUGCACUAUUGGACAUGUUUGUUUCAAAUUCUCUUUUCAAUCUACUUGUUCUCCACCUCCAAACAUUGAAGUGACGUUACUGAAACAGAAUGUCUCAGGUAUUGGUCACAAGCAACCCGCAGGAAUGCCUGUUGAUGGUAAAGUUGACUUUGGUCUGGGUCCUAAAGAAUCAUCUGGUAAUCCAGUGAUGUCAGAGGAAUAUCUAAGAGCUCACAAUGCAGAAAUUCUCUGUGGUCCAGUGAACCUAUCACAGUACCUUGAUUUAUCUGAACAAGGAGGCUCUUUAACUCUAACAAGCCCCAAACUGAUGCACACUCGUAGCAGGACUCUUCAGCUUCACCUGAAAGCUGUUUCAGUUGAUUUGCAGGCACAUCUUCCACGUUCGAAUGAGGAGAAGAUUCCCAAGAAAAGCAAUACUGCUAGUAGUAGUGCCAAUGGUAGCUCAAGCUCUUGUCCAUCUAGUAAGCAGCCAUUCUUCAUAUCUGCUACAUCAAUGUUUGCAAGCACAAGCAAAAAACUUGACCCUGUCAUAGCCACCACCCCAAAGAAACCUGAAAACUUCUUAGGCUGUGAUUGGUUACAAGAGGUAUCUGUGGCAAUAAGACGUACUAAACAAACAUCUCUGUCCCAUGAGAGGAAUCAGCGACUUGCUAUGCUGGACUCUAACACAUUCAUCAAACGUCUACUGGGUGUUGUGUGUUUGGAAGGUCCUGACAAGACUCAACCAGCCCAAGGCCUGGCUCUGGACAUUCUCAGCUGGGUAGUUUCUGUUCGGUUGAGCCCUCACUGUAGUGGUGGCCAGGGUAUAGGGGAUGCGAGACUCCUACAGCAACAACUUGAAGUGGGGCGAAUCAUUAAAAGCCACAUAAUGGAACUUAUCCAUCAUUGCUUUAUUCUUGGAGGACGAAGUAUUGCCCACAAAUGCCUCAAAUUUAUUCUUGUUUGCAUUAAGGGAGUUCAAAGUUUGAAUGAGGGAGAAGGGUUAGCUCUAGAGAAAACUGUCCUGGAUUCUUUGAUGGACUGGUUACCCACAAUUGGAGCAACAAAGUCUGCUGGUGCUUUGCGCUGGUUUUUGUUGCUCCUUAUGCGCGUUUCACCAUUAGACGGUGAUGGUGUGAUUGGUAGAGAAUGUGUUUUCCUUCUAACUCUUGUUGCUGGAGAGCUGAGUAACCGAACAAAUCCAUAUCACUUGCUUUUAAGAUCUAGGUUUGGCCUUUAUGGUACACCAUUCGAUCCUGAAUUGUUUGAUGUGGAUCCGCCAGUCUCAGGCAAGUCGACUUCUGUGCCUCUUACUUAUGCUUCAGUCGUGCAGGGAGACACUAGUAUGAACACCACUUCAACUUCUGGGGCUUCUGCUUUUGGUGGAGACACUCUCGAUCUGCGAGAACUCUUGGCUGCUCCUGCAUCAGAAAAAUGUAUUGCAAGCAAACUGGAUCAAGCAACCAGUUCUCUUUCAGUAGGUUCGAAUAAUAGUUCAAGCUCAUCUGGUACUCACCGGCUUAAAGGAUUAGCAUCAAACCAUUACAUGAAAGGAUUGUUGGAAGUAGAACCUUUACAUUACACCUGCCAUGCGGCGAGUGAUGGAACAAAGCUGGAGAAAAUUGAACCAGGAUGUGGCUGCACCAUCCCUGUUAGUAACUUUAUCACUUUAGGCACAAGCGGGACCAAGAAAGCUGCUGAUGGAGAUUUUAUGUGUUUCUGCCUGGGCAAGGAGUUGGCUGAGGACAAGUGGGAGGAGAUUUCCGACAAAAUGCUCCUUACCGACAAAAUGCUCCAUGCUGCCUUGAUGGAAUCCCAUAGGCUGUCUUCGGUCUACAAAGGGGAGCAGGUGAAACCUUUGGGAAUGCUUAUUCAAGAGGGAGAAAGCAGCUCCACUUCAUCCCAGCAGUCAUCUACAAAUUCCAGCCCGUGGUUGCCUCAGUAUGCUGCAAAUGAGAAGAUGCCCUCUCCCUUAAGCUCACAACCCCAAGGUGCUGCCCAUAGUAAACCUGACUGUGAUUCCAAGAAUGCUUUUGAAGAAGAUCAUGAAAUGCCGUCCUGCUCUACCAAAGUACCAGAUUCUAAAAAGACUGAAGAUUUGUCUACACUGAAUGUUCCAUGGCAGCAACUUCUGGUUCCGCCACCGCAGCAGACAGUAGUUAUUGAACGUAUGCACUCAGGUGCCCGGCGAUUUGUCGUUCUGGACUUUGGUUCCCCUGUCAUGCUUACUGACAUGAUAGUGCCAGCCUGUUGUGAUUUAGUCUUACUGUCUGUGGAUGUGUGGCUUUGUAGUGAGGAGCAGGAUGGCCAGAGGCUUGUAGUUGCAUCUGAUAUUGCAACAAAAGCAUUAGUACUGAGUGACCUCCAACCCCCUCCCAUAUGUCGUUAUUUAAAAAUAACCACAAUUGGUCGUUAUGGCAUGACAACCACUAAGUGCAAGAUCCCUAUUGGAUCCUUUUUCGGACACACUAUGAUUUUACCUGGCGAAAGUGGCCCCAGUAGUUCUCAAAUUCCACUAUUGUCAGAAUCAAAUUUACAGGCUCAAAUAAGUGUCCUUGGGUCUUUGUUAGAAGACAUCCAUUGUAGGUAUGCUUUGGCCUGCUCUCGACUGAGGGAACUUUUGUCACCCCUGCUGCAGUCAGAGACCCCAAAUGCUGCACACAUGUAUUGCUAUCUUCAGAGAGCACGUGAUAUGGAUCGUCAAAUGAAUUUCAACCUUGACACUUCUAAUCAGAAAGUUUUUUCGGCAUACCAGGAGUGUAUUACAUUCCAACAUCAAUUGAAUGUAGUGCGUAGUGUGAUGUCUCGUCUUGAGACAGCCUGUAAUCCUGGCAGAGAACGACUUUCUCAGGAUAGCAAUUGCCACCAGUAUUUUGUUAAAGCAUCAACAGACAAAUUGAGGGUACUUGGUGAAGGUCUGUUAGAUGUGUUGUUAUAUCUGGGAUCUCUACCUUUGUAUACAUUCUCAUCUCCCGAAUUAUCUUGCUUGGAUCGUUCUGUGUGUGAAAAUCUAUUUUAUUGGCUAUGUGUUGGACAAGACACUCGAAUGCAGCUUGCCUCUGCUACAUUGUUAGUGAGAUUAUGUGGAUCACAGCCUUGGUGGGGACAAUUCCUUGCUGAAACUGUGGCAAAUUUGUUCAGCUCAAAUAAUAGUGCUGUUUUUCCUCAAGACAGGGUCUUUAUAAUAUUGGCUUAUUUAGGACGCAAAUCUUUAACCUUACCGUCAGCAAGAUUGCCUGUCAUGGAGGCAGUCUUGGGAAUGUUGGGCAAUCUAUUGGGACCACUAUGUUCUGGAAAUGAAAAUCAGCCUCUGCGCUCAAAUACUGAUAUUUCCCUAGUAGGCUGGGCUCUUCUCUUUGUAUCACAGUGUUUAGACAUUGGGUCUGUCUCUCGGGACGAUGAAAAUUCUGAUAAGUCUGUUAACAAGGAUCAAGGUCAACAAAACCGUUGGGAUUUUAUCCAAGGAGAGGUUGCCAUGCAAAGGAAAGUGGCAGCUGGAGGAAGCCGAAGCAGGGCUAACAUUCUACGCACAAAGCGCAUUCUUGUUAAGCAGCAAUAUGGUGCCAUGUCUGAUGCCCUUGAUGCUUAUAAAAAGCAGCAGUUUUCUACUUAUGACAUGUCUGAUGUCAAGUUUCAUGAAACAUUCACAUCAAAGCCGAAGCUAAAGCCCCAAGAAGUAUACCUUAAGAAAGUUUUUAAGCACCCAACAAGUCACAUGAAAGAUACUUCGGGGUUGCGAGUUGUUGAUGGAAGUAAACGUGGUUGGGCUGGUGUAACCCGACGAAACUUGGCUAGCACUAGCUGUGUUGGAGAACCGGAUUGCAACUCUGAUUACAGGGAGAGUGCCAUGUCACUGUCACUACCACAGGCCCAAUGCUUGCAAGUUGCUCGUGGAUUAGUUGCUUUGAUUCUUCACAUGGACUUUACUUGCAACAUUGACAUGUUCCUAUUGGCAUGUAAAGUAUUGGCAAGGAUUGUGUGGUGCUCCAAGCCUGCUUUACCUCUGAGUGAUUUGAUGACCAAUGACCAGCUGCUCAAACUUAUCCGAAUGGGUGUUUGGCAAGAUCCCCAUCAGUCAUCUUGGGGAGGUCCAUGGGCUGCCCAUGCAAUUACAUGUCUUCUACAAGACAUUCUUGAUGGAGUGCGUUCCACUUCAGUGCUUUUGAGCAGAGAAAGCAGCCCAGCGGAUGAUGCAAAUGACAGCCGCCCUUCCACGUCUAAUACCCAAAAGACCUUGUAUGAAAAAUUAAGAGGACACUCAAGUGGAUUAGGAACUGUGGCAGUACCUGCUGUUCCACCGUCUCCAUCUACUUCAACUGCCGACCUGCCGUCACCUCCUCCUGGUCCAUCCGUGGCUAGUACAUCGGCUGUCAAUGAUGAAGAUGAUACUGUCAUUGAGAUGAUUGAACAUCCCACCAUUCCACCCUUCCCAGCACCACCACCUAAGAAUGCCUUCCCCAUGAAAGCCAAGCCUACAUCCUCCUGGGCCAAUGCAGUUGCUGGCUCUAGUUCCUUUGCUGAACUGUUGGACUACAUUGCAGAUAGUGGUCAGUCUUUGGUAGGAACCGAAGAAAUGGUUGCAGAGGAUUGUCCAGAUGCAGCUGUUUCUCAACCAGGAACUUCAGGAGCUGGAAAAGGAAAUGGCAUGGUGGCCUUAGAAUCUGAUGACAGCGAGCUUGAUGAUUUCCUAGAUGACAUCCUGGAGCAAGGACGUAGCAUGUUGAGGAAGGGAAGCAGUUCUCGAACCUCCAUGGUUGCCUCUUCCAAAGUUGGAUGCAUUUCCACCGCUAUGGAUGCUAGACUUGAUUUUGCAGUUGACUGUCAUGCUGAGGUUCAUAUAAGGCGGUUGACGAUGCUUGGAGCUUACAAUCUUCCACACAGUGUGAACACUGUUUUCCCCUCGAUUCCCGAAGGAGAGAAACCACCAGCAGCACCAACAGCUUGGCCUCAACCUGAAAACGAACCGGAGUCAAGUCACAACAUGCUUAUUGCAUGUUUUGACAAGAUAUUCUGUGAACUGCAACUUCAGGGAUCAUGGACAAGCCUUGAACAAGUCUUUCAGCUGUGGUUAACCUUAAAUUCUGAAUCAAGCUUUGAUUCUGGUGUUCAUCAUUUUGAUCCAUCUUCAUGUCCUACUAUUGGACUCAGCCCAGAAGCUAUAUCUAGUUUACUGUCCGCCCUCAUGUGCCAACCAGAGAUGUCUGUGCGAACAUGGUGUCUGGCUUUCCAAUGCUUGACUCAAGUUUCAAACACAUCGUGUAGUGAUGCAGUGGCCCGGUGGGGGCCAAGAGCUUCACAAGGCAUGACUCACAUAAUAUCAAAUGAUCCUCAGUUUGGACCUGUUCUCCUGAGGUUUUUAGCUGGCUCUGGAUUGAGCUCUCAAAACACUGAUGUUGGACCGACUGUUUGUGGGGCAAUGAGAGACCUUUUGGUCAGACUAAUGGUCCGCACAGAUGCUCAUCCGGCCCGCAGAACAUCUAAAUGGAUGUCCAACCAAUUGUUGGAACUAGCAAAUCAAUUAAUAAUGCCUGGAGGUGCUAUCUCAGGACGACGAGGACCACUAGAUGCACAAUUUGCCUUUUUCAAUCUGCUGCUAGGCUUUAACUUUCACAUCAGUGGUAUUAAUGCAAAUGUGACUAUGAGUUAUCUAGAGUCUGUUGGAAUUCUCGUCCAUACAUUUAUCAUGACUUCUGAAAAAGUCCGCCGCCGUAGUGUCACUGAAACCAAUCAGAGUUCCUCAAUGUGCUUUGGUGGCCUUUUGUCACAUGUUAUCGGUGCAGAAGCAAAAUCUGUGAAGGGAUCAACAUGGGAUAAUAUUCUCUGUUCUGUGUUGAAACUUGCCUGCAGCAUUGUUCAGAGCCCAUUGAAGACUGAUGGUGCUUCAGCUGAGAGUAUGGACACAGCCUCUUCAGGCAGCUCCCCAGCUGACAUGUGCCAAACAGAUGAACACAAAGCCAAAACCAUGGGAAGUGCAAGUGCUGCUCCUCAGACCCCUCCUAGAGUUCCAUGCAUUGCUGACACCUUGCUUCAACAUCAACUUACAAUGGCACGCCUGCUCAGUGCGUUAGCAGGCUGUGUGGGAUCGCCCCUGGCAGUUCUUCUUGGAACAAGUGGAGAGAGGGAUGCAAACGAACCCAGGGCCCUGUCAACUGCACUGUCUGGAGAACCCAUAUCUGUUGGCGAUGGCAUAUUCCAUCUGUUAUAUCUUCUUUGCAAAAAAGUUUCCCAACCUACUCUUCUUUUACGUCCAAUUCAUGAUUUCCUCAUAUCUGUUCGGGAUGGGUCUACUGCAGUUCAUGGCCAAUCAUCAGGAAUCAUGCAACUAUCAGAACCGUUACUGUGGUUUAUUAUGAAAGCUCUAGAUUCCCCAGAGAAUUUGAAGAUCUUCAAUAACAUGGGAGGCACCAAGGUUAUUUGCGAGAACCUCUUGCAUUGCAGCCAAAAACUCAUAAGCUCUCAUCCUAGUCUGGUGUCUGUGGUAAUGCAACACCUCAGUAGAGUAGCUCCACCUCAACCAAAUGUCAGCAAGAAGGUUCCAUCCCCUCAUGAGUCUUUUGAAGGCUUGCAAAAUUUUGCACCUCUUGGAACUAUCAGUUCAAGCAGUGCCACUGCUCAACCAGCUGAUGUUCUCAUUCAGUCAUUUCCGUCUCAUAGAAGGGCAAGAACACCAGCAUGGUCAUACCACUUCUAUCCAGAUGAGUUGUAUAUGGACCUGACUCUCAAGCUUCCGUGUGCUGUGUUGUUGAAAGAAAUCCAACUUCAACCGCACCUAACAUCUCUUGCCACAUGUCCAUCUGCUGUAGGCCUUGAAGUCUCCAAGGAUGGAACCUCACCACUUGUGCCAUUAUGCUCCCCCUUACCAACCAGUGGAAUGACUUUUGUGCGCUUGACCCUUGACCGUCCUGAAGUUGUUACAAGUGUUUUGCUUCGGCUCUACCGCCCUCACGACUCGGCCAGCAUUGGGUUGUCUCAAGUCCGUCUCCUUGGUUCUACUACUUUUGGAGAGACUGCCUACCGAACCCAAAAUUGGGAUGUACCAGAGGAGGAGCAUCUCACUAAAACAAGUUUGGGCUGGCUAAGGCUGCUGCAUCACUGCCUGGUAGUUGCCAAAAAGAUCAGUGACCUCCAGGAGUCUGUUGUUGCAUCAGCUGCCGGACUUACAGGAUUGUUAGACGCUUGUGCUGGACUGUUACUAAUCCCUGCACCAGCACCCCCUCUACUGACAACAGCGCUGGAACAUGUUUUACUGCGUUUGGGACUACAUUCCCGAGAACUUGGAUUGAAGCUUAUGCAGGAUUUGUUACGCUCAUCACUGCAUUCUCAGUUGAGUAUGUCACCUCCCAUGGGUGCAGAUUCUGUAGUUGACCUACUGUUUCUUCUGGGGACAGAACAAGAUGAACACUCAACUGCUCGAGUAGAGACUAUGUUGUCAUGGCUCCAAGAAACUGCCUCUGCAGCUCUUGAACCUCCCCCAGGCUCAUCGAAGAAUGUGUCAUGCUGUACAAGCGACAUUCCUGCUAGUGCCGCUUGCAUUCACAGUGUUGCAGCUGUGUUGUGGCGUUUGCAUUCUUGUGGUGCGGGUUAUGACCUCUCUGCCUUGUUCCCACCACAGUUAUUUAACAACAUAUAUCAUUGGACUCUCCUCCUCCCUGUCAAAAGCGGAGUGAAGUCUGCACUUGAUGCUGUGCUGUGCUCGAUGUGUUACAUUCAGCCAGAUUUAUUCCCUGCCUUACUGAGGACCAUAGGUGCUGUUGCACCUGGCAACAACGUCAAUCAAGACACUCAGACUAUGGAUGAGGACCAAGGAGCAAUGACUGAUGAUCGUAAACAGCUCGAUGCUUGGUCUAGUAGUACUCAAUUAUCAGAAGGUCAGCUUAUGACCAUAGCAAUGGUGUCUCAGUCCCCUCCAGCUGUGAAGCAUUUGCUUGAGUCAGGAUUGCUUAGCUUCCUGUCCACCAGCCUUCUUGAGUUCUGCUUCUAUGAACAAGAUCAAGAGCAAGAAAAUUUGCUUGGAGCUCACUCAUCCAUUCUCACUGAUGCGGACAAAGUUCUCAGUGAUUAUGAUGAGGACCACAGCCUUUUCUCAGUUACUACGAUGGCAAGCAUAUUGAAACUAUUUGCUGAACUUUGCUAUGAAGGCCAGCUUAGAAAUUGGUUUGGGUCUUCUGAGGGGUCAGUUUUCUGGCUGCCAUUGUUGAGACUCCUUUGUUACCGAAGCUCAAAACAAACUAGUGGCCUGCAACCUCAAAGCCAAGCAUUUGGAGAGUUGGAAACAGCUACAAUUCAGUUCCUCAGCCGUGUUUCUAGUCUCCACCCUGAAAAUCAAGAGCAACUUGCCAGGGUCCUUUGCGAUGUUAUUAGUCAACAAGAAGCUCGUCAGCAUAAUGUAUCAUUUCUACAUGGCAUAUCAGGUUUUGCUCGACGGUUGGUUCUUCAGCUUCUUCUUGAAAGUGAAAAGAUUCGUGUAUUAGUCAAUUCAGAAGUGCCAUUGCAACGUCCCGAUGGAGUGGGCAAUGCUGUUGGAUUACGUCACCCUAGUCAUGGUGUUGGUCACCGCAGUCAGGUUGUCAUCAUCAGUCACUACACAACAUGUGCUGAACUCGUUAAACUAGUUGUUGGGAAUGACACCUUGGGCCCAUUGUUGGGAGAAAGAUUGCCCUCAGACGUGAGCGGCACUGCCGCAGGACCUAGCAGUGCAGCAACAAAGGCUGGCAUGCGACAUUUUAAGGACAUUGAGUAUCUCUGUUUUGCCGAUCCUCUCUUUGCUGCUGGAUUGACAGCUAAAGACAAACGCUCCAAAGAGGCGAAAAAUGCUGCUACUCGAGGUCCAUAUGCCAAGAAGACAAGAAUUAGUGAUUCAAGUGGUGGCAACUCAUUGUCUGCCAGCCUGGGACUUGCUCCAGAGCGCUGGCUUGAACAGUCUCAGAUACAAGUAGGUGCUCCACUUCCUGGUUGUACAACUCUUGGCCAGGUGUUGAUGGCUCUCCAUGAGAGAGGUGCCUCCUUGUGUUCUGCAAGUUUUGAAGUGACAGUGAAACAAAGUCCAUCCCUACCCAAGGAACACCCUGCCAGCAGUCCCCUCCACACUGUGGUGACUUUCCCCACGCCCCUGGAGGUGUUCGCCAGACACGGCGGCCUGGCUUUGCUCGCCGAACACUUGCCACUGGUGUACCCCGAGACCCUGCGGUACAGCACGCAGGACAAGCCCGCCCCGACGGCGUCCUCGCCCGACGCCAUGGACGCCGACUGGGUCAAGGUGGACGGCACGCACAUCGACCUCUACGAGGAACUGGAUGACUCGUCGCUGCUGGUGGGGUCCUCUUCGGGGCCUUCCGGGCAGCGGGCGCCGAGCACCAGCCUGGUGCCCACCUCGGUGCCGCCGCACUCCCUGGCGGCCUUCGGCCUGUUCCUGCGCUUGCCGGGCUACGCCGAGAUCCUGCUGCGCGACCCCAAGAAGGCCCAGUGCUUGCUGCGCCUGGCGCUGGGUGUGAGCGACGACGGCGAGGGCGCCGACAUCCUGGGCCUGCCGCUGGCCACGUCGCUGCCCACGCUGCCCUUCAACAUCCUGCGGCAGCUGCUGGACGGCGCGGCGCUGCACACGGACGACGGCGAGCUGCUGCGCCGCACCGCCAUGGACACGGGCGCCAUCCACCUGCUGCUGGCCUGCCUGUCCGUGUUCACGCACCAGGCGCAGGACAUCCACCUGCCCGGCGUGCAGCACGAGCUGGUGAUCGCCGCCACCAAGGCGUCCACCGCGGGGCCCGGCUCCGGCAAGGAGAGCAAGACGACGUCCAAGGUGGACGACAAGUCGCAGCUGUACUGGGCCAAGGGCACGGGCUUCGGCACGGGCAGCACGGCGCAGUGCUGGAACGUGGAGCAGGCGCUGAUGCGGCAGCGCAGCGAGGAGGAGCACGUGACGGUGCUGCUGCAGGCCACGUCCAGCUUCCUCAACCCGCGCGACGUGAUCCCGCAGCGCUUCCACGAGCCGCUCAGCGACUCGGACUCGGACAGCCACGACGCCGCGGCCAGCAGGAUGCCGCACCUCGGCCUGCCGCCGCAGCUGCCGCAGCUGCUGCAGAAGUCGUGCCUGCUGCCCGCCGUCUGCUCCUACCUCAGGAACGACUCAGUGCUCGACAUGGCGCGACACAUCCCGCUGUACCGGGCCGUGCUGCAGGUGCUGCGGUCCCUGGCCGUGAGCCCCCAGCUCGCCGCGCUGCUGCUGCCGUCGGACCGGCGCCGCCUGGAGCGGCAGGACCGGCCGGCCAGGAACGCCAACUCCAGCAGGAGCCCCAGCGGGGACGCGCUGUCCGCCACGUGCCUGCUCAACAAGAUGAAGAGCUGCGUGGACACCUACGCGUCUCGGCUGCGGCUCAACCGGUCCAAGGGCGCCGGCACCGGCCGCAAGAGUGGCGGCAGUGGUGGUAGCGCGGGCAGCGGUGCCAGCGCCGGCAGCGCCGGGGCCUCGACGUCCAGGAUGUCGAGCAAGUUCGCGGAGGACUGGGAGCAGGACGAAGGCCUGGCUCAGCUCAUCGCGGACAUCCGGCACACUGCCAGCAUGGUGACGAUUGCCACUGACCGUCUGGUCCCAGAUGAGGAUCCAGAAACCUCCAGCCGCAGUCCUACAUCUGCAGGCUCAUGUGUGAUGGAAUAUCCAAUGAAACGGAGCCUCGAGGAACGGUACCUAGAAGUGAUGCAGAAGCUUCAGUUUGAUACGUUCGAAAUGGUCACUGAAAAUACUGAAACUGGUGGAUACCAAUUUGCUGUGUCUUACCACUUUGAAUCAAAUUUGAGAUCUGCUGGUGACCGCUGUCAUCCGGCUCGUGUGAAACGAUUAGCUCAAGAAACUGUGACCCUGUCCACGUCACUUCCCCUCUCAUACAGUAGCUCAGUUUAUGUUAGAUGUGAUUCCGAUAGACUUGAUAUUAUGAAGGUAUUGAUCACUGGACCAGCUGAUACACCAUAUGCUAAUGGCUGCUUUGAGUUUGAUGUAUACUUCCCUCCUGACUACCCAAAUUCACCAAUGCUCAUCAAUAUGGAGACAACUGGCCACCACACCAUUCGUUUCAACCCAAAUCUCUACAAUGAUGGCAAAGUUUGCUUAAGUGUACUGAAUACUUGGCAUGGCCGUCCUGAAGAAAAGUGGAAUGCUCAAACCUCAAGCUUCUUGCAGGUGUUAGUUUCUAUUCAAUCAUUAAUUCUUGUACCUGAGCCAUAUUUCAAUGAGCCUGGAUAUGAAAGGUCUCGGGGAACACCCUCUGGUAAUCAGAGUUCACGAGAGUAUAAUGCAAAUAUUUGCACUGCUUCUGUCAAAUGGGCUAUGCUAGAACAAGUUCGGAAUCCUUGCCCAUGCUUCAAAGAGGUGAUACAUACGCACUUCUGGUUUAAGAGACGUGAAGUGAUCAAGCAGAUUGAAGGAUGGAUUGCUGAAAUGGAAGGCCAAGGGAGUGACCGACGCAAUGGACGCACCAUUUCUCUCAAUACAAUUGCUCUAAAGCGACACCUUGAACAGCUGAGAGAGGAAUUGAACAAACUUAAGCCACCCCCUGGGCAGGAAGAUUUAGUAGAACAGACGGAUGCUGAAGAUGAGCCAAUAUCUGUCAACUCAACUUCAUCAGGAGCAACAUCAUCUAGCACCGCCAAUGUACCGAUUGUGCCACUGAUAGGACCCUCAGCUUCAAUUCCAGCUGGACCCUCUGAACCGUCUGAGCCCUUCGAACCAAGCGAUGCGGACACAGACAUGGAAAUGGAGAAACUUGUCUCAAAGGUUUGUGAGUAGAUCUCCUUGUUGUGGCAGCUUUCUCCAUGCCCAGACUUGUUAAUCAGUUGAAUUAUAAAUAUAGUUGCAUUUCUCUGUUAGUUCACAGAUUCCUGUCCACUAGGUGGCAGGAAUAUUGUCUUUAUGUUCUGUGAGUAAUUGUUGUUCAGAACCAGACAGUGAUAUUUGAGUGAUAACUUCUUUUUAAAAUGAUUUGCAUUUAUUGUUGUAAUUUAUUAAACUGUUCAAACUAAUUAGUUACUCCAAAGAAUUCUUUAUGAUUGAAAAUGCAAAAUUAAAGUGUCACUGUAAUAGUGUUUAGUAGCUCUCCACUUGUUACUCUUUUUUUACACAAAGACAUAAAGUUAAAUAAGUUGUGUACCUAUAAAAAGCUUUUAUUCAGAACUUAAGUUUUAAGCCUAAUUGAAAUGGUGUGGUUAUGAUUCAAAAUUGAUUUUGUUCUUUUUAUUUAAAAAAUUGCUUUCAUAAUAUAUUUCUUAUGUGGUGCAUGCAUAAUAGUUUUUGUUUUAUUGGUGAACUUGAUCUGUGUGUUUUUCCCUUGUGACUGGAUUGAUUUUGGACUGCUAUGAUUGCAGGCCUUUAAAGGGCAUCCAAAAUCAUAUAACAUUAGAUGUCUAAUACAUAGAUAAUGUAAUAAUUGUAAAUAUUUGAGUAUUGUGCAGAAGUAGAUGGUGUCAAGUCAUUCUUAGUCAUCGCCAAAUAAAUAUGUGGCUCUUUUGUUGGUGAUAAGUUAUAUUUCUUUGUACUGUUGUUAUUGACUGGAAAUUUCAUCCUGUUGACCUCUAAGAGAGCAUACCUUCUUAAAUUGUAUAUAUGUACUGUAGCAAAUGUUAAACCAUUGUAAAUACUGUUUGUGGUGUUUCUACAGAGCAUCCAUCAAGUUAUUUAUAUGUAGGUGAAAUAUUCAACAAGUUGUGAAAGUUUUCUAUAUUUCUGUCCAUUAAAUGUUAUUAAGUCCACUCCAUAAUGAAAGCAUUGUCCAACUAACCCAGCUUUUUGACAUUGUGUGAUGUUUGCCUUCAAUUGUGGGUGUUAAUUAGGUUCUGUAUAUGUUUUGUCAUUUAAAUGUCCUGUGAUUCAACCAGUUUAAUUUGUUUUUUCUAUUUCAUUGUUCUUAAUUUAGAGUCCUGAUGUGUUUGCUUGAAAGGACCAUAGAAUGCAAGUAUUUAUGCUAGAACCAAAACUUCAUAUCAUUAUUGUUUAUGGAAGAUCAUGGGAACUGACUGUAUUUACUUCAUUUCUGUUAUGUAUGUUAUUGGGUGAUGUCUAAAUCAAGUGUAUGCUGUAUGUUUCGUCUUUGCUAGACCUAGAACAGUGCUACCUGUCAUGUAAAAAUAGCCUCAAUUAUAUCCUCUCAUUCAGACAUGUCUAAUAUUUGGUUGAAAAUAAAGAUCAAUUCAGCAAUUUCAAACCAGUA